AAGGCGGCGUACUCACAGUACUUUUACAUGGUCAAGAACCGGGAGGAAAUGAGGUUUGCCUUCUGCCGCAUAUGUCCGAUACAUGCCAACACAAAGCCCAUCCGAUACUACAACCCCAGUAAUCUGGCACAGCAUCUGCGCAAACAAAAGUUCAUGACACCCGACAACCCCCACACCUUGGCCUACGAACAAGUGCAAAUGACCCUCUACGACCGAUCGCAGGGGAUGAGAGUCAGGAGAGGCACCGCUACAGGAAGCACUAGUCCAGAUAUACAUGCGGAAGUGGCGAGGCAUGACGAGACCCAUGGGCAUUCUUCGCUACAGACGGUAGAUACGGUGGUUCCUAUGUGGGAAUUGGACGAUAUGUGGACUUGUCCGGCCUUCUCAAAGUUCACGCCCGGGGAUCUGGUCAGCUCUAACAUCUCACAUUAUACUAAAUAUUUCAUUCUACUGAAAGAUCCCGAGACCGGCGACAGAUACGCCGCCUGCCGGAUCUGCCCCCUCUCCGCGUCCUCCAAGAAACUCAAAGUGCUCAGCCAAAGCAAUCUCAGGCAGCACCUGUACAAGCGCAACACGGAACACAAACGUGACUACCACCGUGUAGCCUACGAUCUAGUACAGAGAGAUAUGGCCCUUGCACGCGGAGAGGCUGCGGCCAAGGCUAAUGCGAAUGCGACUACGCAUGCGAUGACAAACGGGAAACGACACCUCCCUGAAUCGACUUUGCUGCAUGCGACUUCGUUGGUGGAACCUGCGGCUAUUCCUGGUGAGCUGGAGGAUAUAUAUGUCUGUAUAUGA